GGCUGCCAUACUGGCACAGUCCACACCACACACAACCUACACACAGACAGCUCACUGUCAGGCUGCAAAAUGGCCAACGCCACGCUUCAGUCGUUCAACGUCUUUCUGACGGAGAGAUUGACCGCAGCUGCGGUAGACAUCUAUGGAUUCGUUGAGAAGACGAUAAUAGACUACCAGGAGGAGGUGUACCAAACCAAACUGGAGAACCAGAGGCUGCAGCGGCUGCUGGAUCUGGUCUACAAACCAGAGAUAAGACUGCACAGGGCAGAUGCCAAACAGCCAACUGCAUCAACAUCUGCGGAGGAGAUUCCCCCUAAACAGCAUGAGUGGAGCCCGGCUGUGUGCGAGGACGAGCCAGGACCCUCGCAGCUUAAAGAGGAGCAGGAGGAUCAGAAAGACGAACUGUGGAUCAACGGGAUCGGGGAGCAACCUUCAGCAGAGGACAGCGACGACGGGGACGCCUUGACGAAAGAGCUCAUUAAAACAGUGCAGCAGUUAGAAGACUGUAGAGCAGCAGAGGAGAGCCGAGAGCCAACGCAGACCCCUGCAGAGGACCCAAAGCACUCUGAAGAGAAGACGAGCACCACCUUGUACCGCUGCCACAUAUGCAACUACAUAUUCACCAAAAAAACUGUGCUUACAUGGCACCUCAAGACGCACGAAAGCAAGUCACACGACAGCAAGGGAAACUUUGACUGUCACAUAUGUGGCAAACACAUACCCUGUCAGAGCAAUCUGCAGAACCACAUGAGAGUGCACACAGGAGAGAGACCCUACAGCUGCCAUUUCUGCGGCAAGUGUUUUAAACUGAAAGGACACAUGACAGAACACAUAAGAACUCACACAGGAGAGAAGCCUUUCAGUUGUCACAUCUGUGACAAAUCUUUCAACAGAGGCUCAACUCUGAGGAAACACGUUUUAGCCAAACAUAAAGAGGAGCGACCGUACAAGUGUGGGGACUGUGACGAGUUAUUUACCGAAAGGCUGCUGAUGAAGAGGCACAUGAGAAAAGUUCACGGAGUCAAACUGUCCACGAGUCAAAGUCCUGCCUAGAACUUUGGAACAGACGCCAUUAUUGAUGCAUGUUCAAUAUAGUCUUAAAUCUGAGUAGAGAACAACACUAGGUAUCUUUUGAAAUGUUUCAGUAUUAGUGCCAGUGAGUUUUGGUACCAGAACAAUACUUUUUUUUUCAAAAUAUUGCUUUAAAGAUUUUGAUUACACUAUACUAAAAAAAUCAUUUUUUGGCCCAGAUGAAGCCAAACUUCUCAAGUGUUGAAUGUUGUCUUACACAAACAGCCAUACAAGAACUUUGCCGAAAUGAAAUUCAAUCUAGAAUUGCCAAAAAAAGUAUUCAAAGGCGAUAGUUUGACUGAGACAAGGGGGAAACAGUGGGCAUGUUUCUUUUCAAAGUUAAAAAAUACAUCUUGUUCAGGAAUAAACUAUAGUUUGUUGAUAUAUAAUGGAGCAUAUAGAUAUUACGAUACAUAAAAGGUCACCUGUGUAGGAUUUAGUGGCAUCAAGUGGCGAGGUUGCAGAUUGCAACCAAAUGAAACUUCUCCUGUGUCCCAAGUCUUUAGAACUAUGGUGGAAAACGUGAAUGACUCUAUUUAAGGGCCAGUCUUUCAUUUGUCCGUUUUUGACUACUGUAGAGCAACAUGGCGGACUCUAUGGAAGAGGACCCGCUCUGUAUAAACAGCUCAUUCUAAGUUAACAAAAUACAACAUUUCUUUAGGUGAUUAUAAACUAAUAAAAACAUAGGUAUGGAUAUUGUAUUUUAAUUUCUGCCAAUAUAUCCACCUUAAUCCUACAAAGUGAACCUUUAAACAGCUGGCUAUGGAAUUGCUGAUUGGUGUGUUAUUGAACUUUGGACACAGCCAGGCUAGAUGUUUGUCCUUGCUUCCAUUCUUUAUGCUAAGCUAGGCUAACUGUGCCCUGGCUCUAGCUCCAUGCGCAACACACAGAAAUGAUAUUGUGAUAUAAAGUCAAACUAUUCCUUUGAAUCAGGAGUUAUCUGAUAGAAGAACAAGUAAAUACGGUUCUGAAUCUAAUUGAUUCCAACCUUUGGUAUGUAGGAGCUUACGAUACAGACAGUUUGGUCGUUACCAGGAAUGUGUUGAGGUUCAUUGAGCCCUUGUAGAGACUUAGAAACAUAAAAACAGACAAUGGAGAGCUAUCUGUUCUCUACAAAGGCAGGGGUCAUGUGAUUCCCUAUGCUACAGAAUACUGGAGGAUUUUUAGGACUGCCUUUCUUAAAAAAACUGGACCACUUAUGUGCUGGACAUUUCAGUUCUGUAACAUUUCCUCUGUGUUUAUAACCUCUGAUGAACAUUAAAAUGAACCACCAGAAUUUCAUUCUGCAGCCUGAAAAACACUACUAAAGAAAGUUACAGAUGUUCAUUUAGGUACUAGCAACCCUUUAAAUUCAAUCUGCUUUCCUAAGUCUAAUUAUUGUGCACCAUUAUGAUAAUAACAUGUACACCUGUGUUACAUCGUCUGUCAACUAGUGAUACCUUUGUUGUACUGUACAGUUGUUUUAUAUAUUUAUAUAUAUUGUACAUAGGUGGAUUUUGUUUUCUUUUGCCAAAAUUCAGUCAUACCUGCUGAAUCUGUUGUAAACCAGUGAUGUGAACAUAAAGAAAUGAAGCUAAAAAGAAAUACAUUCAGGUGUGAAAAUGUAUAGCAAAAAUACAUCAUUGUCAUCUUUUGUUUUGUUAUAUAUUUGAGUUAUAUAGCAGUUCAGGAGUAACCACAGUUUUUGGAAAGGAUUUAGACUUGGAUACAAAACUACUGUGGAAUUUAUGGUCAGGUGUCUCUUCAGCUACUACAAGACUUUCUCAAAGCAACAAGGGGGACAAAAGAUGGAGAAUGAACAAGAGCUGCUGGUAACAUUACUAUA